AUGGCUGUUCAAACCACGAUUGAGGGGCUAAUCAUCACCAUCAACGUUACCGCGUUCGGCCUAAUCGCUGCGAUAGGGGGGGAAGCGUCCUUCGCCGUCUCGAAACAUCUGCGACGCCAGCACAUAUACUUGGAAACGGACGGUCAAUCGGAGGGAUAUGAGGAUCAGGAUGGUGUCGCCACGGAGGAGUCCCUCACCGCGUUUUCCGACAAGCUGCCGCGCGACGCGCUCUACGUCGCCGUCGGGAUCGGUGCCUGGUUAUCUUUGGCCGAAGUUAUUGUUCUCGCCUUCAUCCCGAAUACGAUGUAUGGCUUGACACGAUGGAUGCGACUCGGGGCGUGGGCCCUGUUGGCGACUAGUGCCUUCGCGUUGAAGGAGCGCAAGUACACGGCCAGAUUUGCGCAGGGUCUACAAACAAGCAUCGGGUGUCUUUCCAUGGUCGGUAUCCUGGCGACGGAACAAUAUGGCUGCUACCAAGCGAUGGAGUCCUCCUUCAUGGCUUGGUUUUUCCUUGCCGGCCAGUCCAGCGCUGCUCUAGGUGCUUGCAUCGCCGGCACCUCGUUUCCUCGUCGACCGGAUGUAUUUCACAAAGGGGUGCUGGUAGAUCGCAAAUCGUCGACGACCUUUCUCAACCGCCUGUUCUUUGGGUGGGCGAGUCCUCUUCUCUCUGCGCGUCAGACGGGGAAACUGAAGGUCUGCCAUCUACCCGAGCUGGAGUACGCCAGUCGUUCGGAGAAUUUGUUUCACGCCUACCAGCAAACACGCCUGGCAUUUCCGAGUUCCAGCCUUUGGAAGAUCCUUGUUCUUUGCCACCGGAGGGCUCUUCUGAUUCAGCUGUGUCUCACCAUUCUCAACGCGACCAUGGCCUUUGUACCUCAAUUUUGCGUCCUCGGAAUCUUGCGGUGCCUCGAAAACGACUCGAGUAGACCGUCAUUGUGUUUGUUUGUCUUUGGAUUGGGCAUGUCGACCAUACUCUCUGCCCUUCUUGAGAAUUGGAAUAUGUACAUCUCUUCCAACCAGAUUGCAGUCAGACUGCAAGAGCAACUCUCCACAGUCAUCUACAACAAAGCACUGCGGAGUAAACCAGUGUCAAGCGCUGAAAUUGAGCUCAAUAGUGCCAGCAAUGGGAAGUCGUCCAGCCAGAGCGCUAUGAACCUCGUGGCGGUGGAUGCGAAGAAAGUGGCGGAUUUUUCCGCUCUCGGAUUACACCUCUACGAAGCGCCGCUAAAAUUGUGCCUCGCAGCCAUCUCAAUCGGACGGUUGAUGGGAGGCCGGUGCCUUUUCGCGGGGGGUGUUGUGCUUCUGCUGGUCACAGGUGGGAAUAUCUACGCGGUGCGCCAGUAUGCCACGAAGCAGAAAGGCCUUCUGAGAUCUCGCGACAAUAAGAUCGGAAUCAUCAACGAAGUCAUUCAGGGUAUCCGCCAGGUCAAACUAUCUGCUCUCGAAGACAAAUGGGAAGGUCGCAUCAACGAUUCGCGGAGGAUUGAAUUACAGAAUCAAUGGAUGGUUUACCAGUGGGAGCUCCUGAUGUUUGUUGCAUACAACCUUGCCCCGGUUCUAGUCUCAACUGCCUGCUUGGGCACAUAUGCACUUCUUCACGAGGACAUGCCUGCUUCUACAGUGUUUACAUCCAUGUCGCUUCUCGGGGCAUUGGAAACUCCCCUCGCUGUUCUUCCUCAGAUUCUCUUGAGUGCGACCGGGGCACAGAUCAGCCUGCGACGGAUCGAACGAUUCCUUCGCUCUCCCGAUAGAGAUGUCGAGCCUUCACUGGCGGAGGGUGUGAUACUGGAGCAGGCAACGAUUUCCUGGAACGGAAACCUCUUCAGUAAAAGCUUCACCUUGAAGGACCUCACCCUCACAUUUCCGUCUGGGGCUCUCAGCAUAAUCACAGGACCUUCCGGCUCGGGAAAAAGUCUUGUUCUCGCCGCCAUACUCGGUGAGUGUGAGUUUCUUCAAGGCCGCGCGCAACGCCCCUCAGCCGACGCCAUCGCCUAUGUUGCCCAGGAGCCGUGUAUGAAGGACGGCACUAUCAGAGAAAAUAUAAUCUACGGUCUUCAGUUCGAGCAGGAGCGGUACGCGAGCGUUCUUUUUGCUUGUUCGCUGGACAGAGACCUCAAAUCCCUUCCGUUGAAAGACGAGACUCAAAUGGACACACAGGGAACCACCUUCAGUGGUGGUCAGAAGUGGCGGAUAUCAUUAGCCCGUGCGCUAUAUUCCAAUGCCAAGGUUCUCGUCAUGGAUGAUAUUUUCAGCUCCAUCGAUCCUCACACAGCACAGCACCUAUACGAGCAUGCGUUGACGGGAACGCUCGUCGAAGGUCGGACUCGGAUUUUGGCCACUUAUCAUCUGGAGCUGUGCCUUCCAAGAGCGGAAUACGUGGUCGCUCUUGACGCGAGUGGAUUGCAUUAUGCUGGCCCACGAAAGAACCUGAGAGAGAUCGGCAUAUUCCAGGAUAUGCCUCAUGCAGCUGCCGGAGUAGACAGGCGGUCUCCCUUGAAGACAGACACCCUGGCAGCUAAUAACGCUCAUAUACUGGAGAGCUGGACCGAUAGACCCAUGCCUUUCCAGCAAGAGCAGUUCAGCAGCACACCGCAAGAGGCGGGUCCAGACCUGGAUACUGCACGAGAUGGAAAAUGGCGAAACCGACGGCGGAUCUUUCGCCUCACUGGUGCGAAGUAUCACUGCUUGCUACUUCUAGCGCUGUACUUGAGCUAUAGUGGACUCGCAGUUGGUCGAGGUCUGUGGAUGAUGGUCUGGAGUAGCAGAACAAGUAACAGCGGAUCCUCUGAAGACACUCAGUCGACUGGCGGCAGUGUGAAAUGGUUCCUCUUCAUCUAUCUGACACUGUCAAUCGGGUCAUGCGUUGUCGCAGUCAGCCGGAGCUUUCUGGCCGUUCGCCUAACAUUGCAGAUGUCUCGUAGGCUUUUCGAAGGGUUUCUGUCUUCGAUACUGCGUGCCCCUCUUCAGUGGCUUGACAAGAUCCCCCCAGGAAACAUUCUGAACAAUUUCUCUGCUGACUUCAGCCUCAUCGACUCACGCUUGGGCUACGACCUCAACUACGCACUUGGUGUUGCUGUCGAACUUUUUGCAAUUGUCCUGGCCGCAUCCCUGGUAAAUGCCUGGUUGAACCUCCUCUCUGCCUGCGCCCUUCUUCUAGCUCUCUAUUACGGCAGACUGUUUGUCAAGAAAAUUCGGACGAUCAAAGAGCUUGAGAGUGCCAUGCGAGGUCCGGUGCUGCACCAUCUCUGCUCCACCAUGGACGGCAUCAUGACUGUCCGUGCGUACCAGCAAGAGGAAGUUUACCGAGGUGAGAUGUAUUCAAAGGUCGACCGUCACUGCCGUGCCUCUUGGACCCUCUGGCUUCUCACUCGCUGGAUCGCCAUUCGAGCGAGCACCAUCGGCGCCGUGUUCACCACCGCCGCGUCAAUACUAGUUCUCUCUUCCAACAACAUCACCGCCGCGACAGCUGGCUUUGCCAUUACAUUUAUAAUGCGGUACAGCUCCGUGAUGUCCCAGGUGAUUCGGCAGUACGCCAACCUGGAAAUAUCCCUCAAUAGCGUGGAGCGAGUCGCAUGGUCCCUGGACAUCCCCCGUGAGAAGUAUGAAGCCGAUUGCGACACACCAGUGCCGGACUCCUGGCCCACAGAAGGCCAACUGGAUGUAUCCGACCUGGUCGUGUGCUACUCACCCGAUCUCCCUCCCGUCCUCUCACACCUCACCUUCUCCGUCCCCCCCAAUAGCCGAGUCGGCGUAGUCGGACGCACAGGCGCAGGAAAGUCGUCCCUCGCCAUGGCGUUAUUCCGCUUCCUCGAAGCCCAGCAAGGAAACAUCCACGUCGCCGGAGUCAACAUCUCAAGCGUCUCGCUACAGCAACUUCGAACCCGCCUCGCCAUCGUGCCUCAGGAUCCAAUCCUCUUCUCCGGCACAGUCAGAUCUAACCUAGAUCCAUUCGACGAAUACUCCGACCAGGAAUUGCUCGCAGCUUUGAGACGCGUCCAUUGGACCACCCCCGCCCAAGACUACGACUUGAAAUAUUCAGACGACCCAGUAGUCAACCUCCUCGAACCCGACCUCUACACCCUAGAACUCUCACCCCACCACCCCCUCAACCCCCUCACCGCACCUGUCUCCUCCCGCGGUUCCAAUUUCUCCCAGGGCCAACGCCAAUGUCUCUGCCUCGCUCGCGCAAUCCUGCGACGCCCGAAAAUCCUCGUCCUGGACGAGGCCACCUCCGCCAUCGACAAGACCACCGACGCGGUGAUCCAGAGCUCAAUCCGGACCGAGUUCGGCCGGAAUGACUCGUCUUUACUGGUCAUCGCGCACCGUAUCAGCACGAUUGCGGAUUUUGAUCGUGUCCUGGUGUUGGAUGCGGGUCGCGUGGCCGAGUAUGGCACCCCUAAGGAGUUGGCGGUUAACCCGGCGGGCAUAUUCCGAGGUUUGGUUGACAGCAGUGUGGAAAGGGAGGAGUUGUUGCGGACCAUUGGGGUUGGUCGUGCAUGAGGCUUAAGGUGAACUGCCUAUCACCUGGCAGUACCAGAGCUAGUCCGUCUCAAGGUGAGUUGCAAUUCCGUCUCAUAUGUAUAACAUCUCAGCUUCGUGUGGUAACCAAGAACGCCGUUUAGACGUCUACGUACGCUUUCUGCCAUUCCAACCCACCAUAUAGAUGCAUCAAACGCGUCAUCCAGGCUGCGACUCCUGAUGGAAAAAGUCUAGCUGUUUUCUUGGGUCGCGGAACGGCAUCGACUCCCGCCAUGGUCCCCAUCAGUCCCUCCCCCCCGAUCGGCAAAUUUCAGACACACGCACCAACACCCAGGCACUGCUAGACAAUACAGC